AUGUCAUUUCCUAAUUUGCAUUUUGUCCCCACCACACACCCCAUGUCAUUUAGUAAACAAUAAUAAAUUAAUUUAACCCCGUACCACGAGUUAAAUCAAUUGCUUAAAGUAAUUUGCUUCGGUAUAAAUACAUCACUAAUUGCUGUUUAAAUCAGAAAGUUAAUUGCGGCUGGGCUGAAUAUAUUCCGUUAUCUCCAGAGAAGCCUGAAAAAUGAUCGACAAAUAAAUUACAGUCUAUCAAUGCCCUUAAGUACGCGAAUUUUAAACAAUGUCUGGUCACGCGGUUGUUGUUUGGGAAUACGAAAUUAGAACGGGGUACUGGAAACCGUACACUCCAGAAGUAAGUCAACAUCUCGAAAGGGCCAAUGCUAAACAAUUGACCAGGGUCAUACUUUCUGAUGCUGAUCCAGAGCUGCAGAACUACUAUGUGAAUUUAAGGACACUAACACAGGAACUGGAAUAUUCAGAUAUAGUGGUUCCAAUUCGCCGAAAAUGCUAUCCACCAUCAUCUCCAGCUGGUAAAGGGGCAAAGUGGGAAUGCGUCGGUUCAGAUCAUGACUGGCACGCAUUUGAUAUGGAUAUUCAGUGCCUCAUUGAAGAAGCGUGGGCAAGGGGCGAUCAGACAAUUGAUAUGAGUAAAACUCAUUUGGGUUUUCCUUAUGUCAUAAACUUUAGCAAUCUUACUCAGAUGUGGCUUGCCAACGGAUAUGUUAGGAACGUGAGAAGAGUCAAGCAAGCCCCAUAUCCACUUGUCAAAGUUAGGCUGGAGGAGUUAGCUCCAGUCACUGGACGAAGAAAUGCAGAUCUCAGAAAAUCAUACACAAAUAAUACUCACCAAAAUCAAUCUGCUAAAGUUAUUGGAACCAGCGCCGCUUUAAACUCAACAUCAGAACCUAGUACUAAGAAGUCUAGCACCAAGAAGAAAUCGUCCAAAUCGACAAAGAGCACAAAUGAUACUCCCACAAACCUUGCUAGAGUUAUUCUGAGCAAUUUAAACAUUUUUGGUCAUAAAUCAGCAAGCACAAAUCAAACUUCUAAUUCACAAAGUAUAGAAAAUCGCACGUUGCUAGACGUGGAUAGUAGCAGUACUCAAUCAGGCCGAAGGCCUAGUUUGGAUACCGUAUCCACUUAUUUAAGCCAAGAAAGUCGUGAAAGUCAAGCUACUGCAUCCACGGCAGAUUUAAUUAACUGCAGUGGAAGUGAUGACGGUUUGGAAAUUGAUAACGUUUCGCUGAUUGUCGGUUUGGACCCAGCAAGUGCCUCAAUAUCUCAUUUUGUUCGCGUCUCCAAGCCAAGUGAGUGGGCUCCACGUCAGCCUUGUCCAUUAUGCCGUCAAACUUUAAAACCCACGCUGGUCGUGAUAGCUCUUCCAUGUAAUCAUGUGCUUCACUUAGACUGUCUCAACUACUCUUUAAACGAACUACAAGAAGCAGGUUCACACUUACAUAUUCAAUGUUCAGUUUGUGGUUGUAUUUAUGGAGAAAAACAUGGAAAUCAGCCAAGGGGAACGAUGGAAUGGGGGGUUAUAGACAGAAGUGUACCUGGAUACCAAAACUUUCGAACUAUCCAGAUUGUGUAUAACAUAAAAUCGGGGAUUCAAGGUCCUGAGCAUCCAAGCCCUGGGAGAGAAUAUUAUGCAGUUGGAUUUCCAAGAGUUGCAUAUCUUCCAGAUAAUCCUAAGGGCAGGAAAGUAUUGAGACUGCUGGAUGAAGCAUGGCAUAGAAAAUUAAUAUUUACCAUAACGAGAUCUAAUACGACUGGGUGUGAAGAUGUGGUAUCUUGGAACAUUCCGCAUAAGACUGAAAUAGGACCAAGUAAUAACAGCCACAGCUAUCCAGAUUCUGGAUAUCUCAAUAGUAUUUUACGAGAACUGGAAGCUUUAGGCGUGGUUGAUGAAGCUAAAGAAAAGCGGUAAAUUAUCCAGUAAAGAUAUCUGGUACUUAUUGAAAUUAUAUUAAUAAUUAUGGAGUUUUAUAAACAUAUAUUUUAGAAUGACUUCGAAUAAGAGAAUUCUGUAGAUAUUGGUUCAUAUUAGAUAAAUUACUUGACUCAAUAUAGAAUGAUAUUAAAUUAAGUUGCAAUAACUUCAAGUCUUCCUUGAUAUUGUAAAUAUCUAUUAUUGCAAUAGGCGCAUCUAGGCGUGUUUGUUUUAUUUGAGUUAAAUUUUAUAUUAAGAUUUUAUUUGACGACUAUGAAUUUUUUUUAUUUUAUUAGACGGAUUGUAAACAUAUUUAAGUCCAAUUUCGAUUAUUUUUAUAUACAAUCGACACGUUUUCAAACAAAUUACCACAAAAGUAUGCUUUUGAUAUAAUUAAAAUAUGUAUACUAAUUUUGGUGUCUCUAAACGGUACUUUGAAAAUAUUUAAUCCGAAACAUUUGUACUUUUUUAUAACAAUUCUGAUUUUCCAAUAUAUUUUACCUAAAUCAAGUUUACCUGGUUUGAUCAGCCGCUAAUAAAAUAUCUGUAUAUAAGAAAUUGAUAUUUUCUAUGGCUGGGUCUAAAUUUUUGUGAGAACAUUUUUUACGCAUGUUUUAGAGACACCAAAAGUUGAUUUAUAUCUUUGUAGAAUAAAAAAUUCGCAACAAAAAUUUGAUUAAUUGGAAUUUUACGUGAAAUAUCCGGACAAUUUUGUAUAUCUAAAAUAAUUGCAGCUUUAUUUGGGUAUUUCUUAUAUAGACUUAAUAUAAAUUGCCCAUUUGUUAUCUAUGCAAUUACUCGGCACCACAAAUGGCCAAGAGAGAUUCUUAUAAGAGAAAAUUUUGAAGAAGAAAGGGAGGGAAAGUUUAAACACUAUUGAGACUGACUUUAGCUAAUUGAUUAUGAAAAUCUCAUUUCACCAAUAAGAUUAAAAAUAGACAAACUCAUUGUUGUAUUCCGUGUCCACCGCUUUGAUAUUGCGAUACGUUAUUGAAAGACAUAAUUAUAGUCUGAUAAUAUAAGGUAUGCAGAAACAGAAGAUCUUGGUCAAUUAAUGUAGACUGUUAUAUUUAGGAUAUCUUUGACAUUCACAAACUGUUUAAACAUUUUAGCUACAGUUAUGCUUUUUGAAGUACAUACAUUCCAAUAGAUAGUUCAAUAUGUAUGUGAGGGCUUACAGAACACAUACGAAUAUUUUUAUAGAUCUGUACAUUGUUGAUGUCGUUUACUAAGACAAUACUGAAUGAGUACAAAACGAUUUACAGAUACCCAUAUAAUUUUAAGAUUGUAUUUAAAAAUGUAUUAAGCAAUAUUUUGUUUAACUCGUAUAAAUAUAAUAUUUAGAAACAGCAAUUGAUACCAUGCAAUAGAAAAUAUAUACAUAUUGGUACA